CCCGUCACAGCUCAACUGGAAGCCGGCACUCAUGACUAGAGAAGAGCUCACCUUCAGGCCGUAUCGUCCAUCUCUUUUGGCUUUCCUUCCAUCCAUCCUGCCUGCGCAUAUAGACAAAGACUCUCCUUCGCUUCGGUUCGAUUGAUACAGCUCACGCUCAUCUCUUGGUCCACUGUACCUACCGAGCUUUGGCGCAACCCUUUACUGUCGCGCUUGCAAGACCUCGCCACUCCUUGCUCACCAUGAAGGACUCGACCAAGAAGCUAGUGGUGGACUUGGUUCUACUAGGUCUUACCAAUCUAGCCGCUUACUAUGCCAUCCGAGCCAUCCUACAGGGCAAUGAUCCUCAGAGACAAAAGAGGCUGGAUGCGAAAAAGACGAGCGGGGACAAGCUUGCUCGGCUGGGAAAGAAUGUGCAGCUGAAUGAGUACGAGGAGCAAAUUGCAACAGAGCUCAUUUUACCACAUCAAAUCCAAGAGACGUUCGAUUCAAUUGGUGGGCUGGAGAGCAUCAUCUCAUCGCUGCAAGAGAGCGUCAUUGCGCCCUUGUGCUAUCCGGAGCUCUUUGCGGGAGCGGCGGGAAAGAAUGGUCUGCUUGGAGCUCCCAAGGGUGUUUUGCUCUUUGGUCCUCCCGGAACAGGAAAGACGAUGCUGGCCAAGGCUCUUGCAAAGGAGAGCGGCGCGACCUUCAUCAACAUGCACGUCUCUACUUUGACCAACAAGUGGUUUGGCGAGUCGAACAAGCUGGUAGCAGGUCUGUUCUCAUUGGCGCAGAAGUUGCAACCUGCCAUCAUCUUCAUUGACGAGAUCGAUUCCUUCAUGAGAGAAAGGAGUGGUGCUGAUCAUGAAGUCACGGGGAUGAUGAAGGCCGAAUUCAUGACAUUGUGGGAUGGUCUGACAUCUUCUUCAGACCGUAUCGUCGUUCUGGGCGCUACGAACAGACCGACAGCCAUCGAUGCUGCCAUUCUUCGACGUAUGCCCAAGCGGUAUCCCGUCAAACUGCCAGAUGCUGUGCAAAGGGGCAAAAUUCUGACAAUCAUGCUCGCAGGCGUGAACCUCGAUCCCAAAUUCGACAUGUCGGCCGUCAUCAAGCGGACCGAGGGCUUCAGUGGAAGUGAGAUCAAAGAGACCUGCAGGAACGCAGCUAUGCAACCGGUCAGGGAAUACUUGAGAAGCGGAAAAGGCAGGCAAAGCGUAGAGGUCCUAAGGGGCGCUGGAACGGCCGAAGAGAAGGCGGAAUUGGCUGGGAAACAGUCUAGACCUCAGAGCAGACCUUUGAGAAACAGCGACUUUUUCGUCGUGGACGGCUUGAAUACCAACUAUGCCGCUCCCGGCACGAUCGAGCAGGAUCCCAUAGAUAAUUAGUCGAGCAGAGGGCGAGAAUGUAAUGUAAUUUUCUCUAGUGCUGCGGUCCCAGCGACUUCAGUCGUGAUCCCGCGCAUCAAAGGCACACGUGCUAGCACAUCGAAUUUCGCGGAUGUGGGGUAGCUCCACCUUAAACGUGCGAGUAUCGGAAUGAAAGCGGGCAUUGCGCUCC